CGAGCCACUCCCACCUCGCACCCACUGUCGCGUCUCUCUCUCCGCAAGCCACCACCCACCAUCCACGCCGCCAUGGCCUCCCGCCGGGCACGCAGCGCGCUGCGCCUGCCCUCGCUCGCCACGCUGCUCCUCGCCCUCGUCGCCCUCCUCGCCGUCUUCGCCGCCGGCGUGGCCGCCGAGGAGGAGAACAACAAGCGCAGCGAGUACGGCACCGUCAUUGGCAUCGACCUGGGCACGACCUACUCAUGUGUCGGUGUCCAGCGCGACGGCCGUGUCGAGAUCAUCACCAACGACCAGGGCAACCGCAUCACGCCGUCCUACGUCGCCUUCGAGACGCCCUCGGGCGAGCGCCUGAUCGGUGACGCCGCAAAGAACCAGGCCGCGCAGAACCCCGAGAACACCAUCUUCGACGCCAAGCGCCUCAUCGGCCGCAAGUGGGGCGACUCGGACGUCAAGAAGGACCUGCGCCACUUCCCCUUCAAGCUCGUCGAGAAGGCCGGCAAGCCGGCGAUCCAGGUGCAGAUCAAGGAGUCCAAGAAGGUCUUUACGCCCGAGGAGGUCAGCGCCAUGGUGCUGCAGAAGAUGAAGGAGACGGCCGAGGCCUACCUGGGCCACAAGGUCACCCACGCCGUCGUCACUGUGCCGGCCUACUUCAACGAUGCGCAGCGUCAGGCCACCAAGGACGCGGGCGUGAUUGCCGGUCUGACAGUGCUCCGCAUCGUGAACGAGCCCACUGCGGCAGCCAUCGCCUACGGUCUCGACAAGAAGGGCGACUCGCAGAUCAUCGUCUACGACCUGGGAGGCGGCACUUUCGACGUGUCGCUCCUCUCGAUCGAGGACGGAGUGUUCGAGGUGCUCGCGACGGCCGGUGACACGCACCUGGGUGGCGAGGACUUCGACAACCGCGUCUCCGAGUACAUCCUCAAGGCCUUCCGCAAGAAGGAGGGCGUCGACGCCUCGGGCAACAAGCGCUCCGUCGGCAAGCUGAAGCGCGAGGUCGAGCGCGCCAAGCGCACGCUCUCGAGCCAGAUGAGCACCAAGAUCGAGAUCGAGAGCUUCUUCGAGGGCAAGGACCUCAGCGAGACGCUGACGCGCGCCAAGUUCGAGGAGCUCAACGCCGAUCUCUUCCGCAAGACGAUGAAGCCCGUUGAGCAGGUACUCAAGGACGCCGGCGUGAAGAAGGAGGACAUCGACGACGUGGUGCUCGUCGGCGGCUCCACGCGCAUUCCCAAGGUUCAGCAGCUGCUCAAGGACUACUUCGACGGCAAGGAGCCUUCCAAGGGCAUCAACCCUGACGAGGCCGUCGCCUGGGGCGCUGCCGUUCAGGGUGGUGUGCUCUCGGGCGAGAAGGGCCUUAACGACGUGCUCCUGAUCGACGUCAACCCGCUCACGCUCGGCAUUGAGACGACUGGCGGUGUGAUGACGAAGCUCAUUCCCCGCAACACCGUCGUCCCGACCAAGAAGAGCCAGAUCUUCUCGACGGCGGCCGACAACCAGGCUGUCGUCCUGAUCCAGGUCUACGAGGGCGAGCGCUCCAUGACCAAGGACAACAACCUGCUGGGCAAGUUCGAGCUCACCGGCAUCCCGCCGGCACCGCGCGGCGUCCCGCAGGUCGAGGUGACGUUCGAGGUUGACGCCAACGGUAUCAUGAAGGUCAGCGCCGCCGACAAGGGCACCGGCCGCUCGGAGUCCGUGACGAUCACCAACGACAAGGGCCGCCUGACGCCCGAGGACAUUGAGCGCAUGGUCAAGGAGGCCGAGCAGUUCGCCGAGGAGGACGAGGCCGCCCGCAAGCGCAUUGAGGCACUCAACCAGCUGCAGGCACUCGUCGCCUCGACGCGCUCGUCGGUGUCGGACAAGGAGGGCCUGGGCGCCAAGCUCGACAAGAGCGACAAGGACGCCAUCAACACGGCGCUCAAGGAGACGGAGUCGUGGCUCGAGGAGAACGGCGAGAGCGCGACGGCCGAGGACGUCGAGGAGCAGCUGUCCGAGCUGCAGGCGACGCUCGCGCCCAUCACGUCCAAGGUGUACGGCGACAGCGCUGGCGGCAGCAGCAGCAGCGGCCCGACGGACCCCGACGACGAGCCGCUGUCGUACGGCGGCCACGACGAGCUGUAGAGCAGAGAAAGACCGUGUAGUGUUCCCGGGCGCGCUAGCCCUAGACCCGCCUCUUUUCCCUCUCUUAUCAGCCCCGUCUCGCAUGCAUGUACGUGCUCCCCUUUCCUCCCUUCCUGAUGCUGCCCGGCUUGCUCUCUCUCUCUGCGCUGUUGCGCCGGGCGCAUCCCUCCGCCCAUUCGCCGCUGUGUGUUUCCCCUCCACGCGGUGCGCCGAGCGGGCACUCUUCC